GUCACGUUACCGGGGCGACUAGCCCGGGUGGCACGUGUCUGGUAUAAAAACGCGCUGCAUUACGCGGAAACUGGGCAGACUCCGCAGCAUCACUGAUCGAGGUUUAAGACAACAAUCAACACUUGAGCAAUCAUGUCUGAUCUUUGCGUUGGAAUUAAUGGAUUCGGUCGCAUCGGGCGUCUGGUCCUCAGGGCCUGCCUGGAGAAGGGCAUCAAAGUCACUGCCAUCAACGACCCCUUCAUUGACCUCCAGUACAUGGUCUACAUGUUCAAGUAUGACUCCACUCAUGGACGUUACAAGGGAGAAGUGCAUCAGGAGAAUGGCAAACUGAUUGUCGAUGGUCAGGCCAUUUCUGUGUUCCAGUGUAUGAAGCCUGCCGAGAUCCCAUGGGGUGAUGCUGGAGCUCUGUAUGUAGUCGAAUCUACCGGAGUCUUCCUCAGCAUCGAUAAGGCUUCAUCUCACAUUCAGGGUGGCGCUAAGCGUGUGGUCGUGUCUGCCCCAUCACCUGACGCUCCCAUGUUUGUGAUGGGAGUCAACCAGGACAAAUAUGACCCCUCCAGUAUGACCAUUGUCAGCAAUGCAUCCUGCACCACUAACUGCUUGGCUCCCCUGGCUAAAGUCAUUCAUGACAACUUUGGUAUUGAGGAGGCUCUCAUGACCACAGUCCAUGCUUACACUGCCACACAGAAGACAGUGGAUGGCCCCUCUGCCAAGGCCUGGCGCGAUGGACGCGGUGCCCACCAGAACAUCAUUCCUGCUUCAACUGGCGCUGCCAAGGCCGUGGGCAAAGUCAUUCCCGAGCUUAACGGCAAACUGACCGGCAUGGCUUUCCGUGUGCCUGUGGCUGACGUGUCCGUGGUUGACCUGACCUGUCGCCUAACCCGGCCCGCUGCCUACGCUGACAUCAAGGCAGCGGUCAAGAAGGCUGCUCAUGGACCAAUGAAGGGAAUUCUGGGAUACACAGAGGAUUCAGUGGUUUCUUCUGAUUUCAUUGGUGACACUCACUCUUCCAUCUUUGAUGCUGGUGCAGGCAUCUCCCUCAAUGACAACUUUGUCAAACUCAUCUCCUGGUAUGACAAUGAAUUUGGCUACAGCCAUCGUGUUGCAGAUCUGUUAAUCUACAUGCACUCCAAGGAGUAACUUAAGUUUUGUGACCACAAAACCGACCUAUCAUUCCUUCUUUUCAACGCACUUAUUUCAUAGCUGAAGCCAUAGUGACACCCCUUAAAUCUCUUGUUCUCACCUACAAGACAAGUUGUCUCUGUAGCCGUCUGUGUGCGUGUUAGUUUAUUUUGGCAGUAUUUGUGUCGUUGUCACCCAACAUGCUUCGCUGUAGUUGUUUCCAUUCUGGGUGUAACCGCAGUGUGUUGGUGUAAAGAGAAUUACUGAUUCAAAGUUAAAAGAGGUCAAAUGCUACUGUAAUGCAGUUUAAAAGGAAACUAAUUAAACUGUUGGAAAAAUAAA